AUGACGGAGGUGUACUCGUGCGAAGACUGCCAGCCAGUCAUAGUUACCCCGACCGGGUUACCCAGUCUAAACGGAACCGGAAACGGGAGCACGUACAUGUUUUCAAUCCAGGACCAUAUGACGUAUAGAGUAGCGCAUAUACUACACACGUAUGUUCUUCCAAGUGAUAUAUUCAUCGGUCUUAUGGCGAAUUUGAUUUCCAUUCUGGUAUUCACGGGUAAGGAUCUACGGAACCUGUCGUCUAGCGUCUACGUUCUGGCGGUGCUGAUCGCUGACAGCGGAUCCCUGAUCACCAUGGUGGCCGUGUGGCUGGAGGUUCUGAAAUACCCCAUCAAUCAUAUGCAGGGGAUGUGUCAGUUCUUCGUGUACCUCACCUACAUCUGUAGCUUUCUCUCCGUCUGGUAUAUGGUGUGCAUCACGGUAGAAAACUACAUCACGUUCUGUCAUCCGACCAGAAUCAAAAUCAUGUGCACCCAAAGCAGAGCCCGGAUGGUGACCAUCGCGCUGGCUGUUGGAGCACUCUGUUUGUAUAGCGUCUCGCCUUUCAUCGUCGACGUGACCAGCGACCCCAACUACCCGAACUACUCGCCAACAUGUCGGCCCAAACCGUCGUACAUCGUCUUCAAUGACAUCCUCACCUACAUUGACUCUGUGCUCACUCUGCUGGUUCCCUCAGUCGCCAUCCUCCUCAUGUUGACAGCCAUCGUGGUGUCCAUCGUGUCGUCGCUUAGGAAGAAGAAGAGAAGGAUGGUGAAGGACCAGCCGAGAGCCAAGAACAAGGCUGACUGUCCCCAGGUGAGGGUAGCCAAGAUGUUGUUCGCACUGUCCUCCACGUAUCUCAUACUCAACCUACCGAGUCAUGUCAUACGACUGUUCUUUCUCCUUCGGCCCAAUGACGUCACGCAACCGAACAUAACGAUGGAGGAAGGCUUGAUGAUGUUGAUAUUCUUGUAUCUGUCCUAUCUUAAUUCGUGUGUCAAGUUUUUCCUCUUGUUUGCCUUCAGCGCCAAUUUCAGGAAACGUAUUCUUGGAACGUGUGUCUUUAAACGAUGCCAAGUGUAUAUCCCGGUGUCUACUGGUGCAACAAAGGUGUGA